GGAAGUAAAUCACACUGUGUGUCCAGUGAGAGAAACACGGAAUUGUGGGUAAUAAACCGGUAAGAGUCAUUACACUGUCUGAGUGUUAUACAUCUAUAAUAAUAAUAAUAAUAUACACAGCCCUGUAUUAUAUAUCUAUAAUAAUAUUAUUAUACACAGCCCUGUAUUAUAUAUCAAUAAUAAUAAUAAUAUAAACAGCCCUGUAUUAUAUAUCUAUAAUAUUAUUAUUCUACACAGCCCUGUAUUAUAUAUCUAUAAUAAUAUUAUAUACACAGCCCUGUAUUAUAUAUCUAUAAUAUUAUUAUACACAGCCCUGUAUUAUAUAUCUAUAAUAAUAAUAAUAUACACAGCCCUGUAUUAUAUAUCUAUAAUAAUAUUAUUAUACACAGCCCUGUAUUAUAUAUCUAUAAUAAUAAUAAUAUACACAGCCCUGUAUUAUAUAUCUAUAAUAUUAUUAUUCUACACAGCCCUGUAUUAUAUAUCUAUAAUAAUAUUAGUAUACACAGCCCUGUAUUAUAUAUCUAUAAUAUUAUUAUUCUUCACAGCCCUGUAUUAUAUAUCUAUAAUAUUAUUAUUCUACACAGCCCUGUAUUAUAUAUCUAUAAUAUUAUUAUUCUACACAGCCCUGUAUUAAAUAUCUAUAAUAAUAAUAAUAUACACAGCCCUGUAUUAUAUAUCUAUAAUAAUAAUAAUAUACACAGCCCUGUAUUAUAUAUCUAUAAUAAUAUUAUUAUACACAGCCCUGUAUUAUAUAUCUAUAAUAAUAAUAAUAUACACAGCCCUGUAUUAUAUAUCUAUAAUAUUAUUAUUCUACACAGCCCUGUAUUAUAUAUCUAUAAUAUUAUUAUUCUACACAGCCCUGUAUUAAAUAUCUAUAAUAAUAAUAAUAUACACAGCCCUGUAUUAUAUAUCUAUAAUAUUAUUAUUAUUCACAGCCCUGUAUUAUAUAUCUAUAAUAAUAUUAGUAUACACAGCCCUUUAUUAUAUAUCUAUAAUAUUAUUAUUCUACACAGCCCUGUAUUAUAUAUCUAUAAUAAUAAUAAUAUACACAGCCCUGUAUUAUAUAUCUAUAAUAUUAUUAUUCUUCACAGCCCUGUAUUAUAUAUCUAUAAUAUUAUUAGUAUACACAGCCCUGUAUUAUAUAUCUAUAAUAAUAUUAGUAUACAAAGCCCUGUAUUAUAUAUCUAUAAUAUUAUUAUUAUACACAGCCCUGUAUUAUAUAUCUAUAAUAAUAUUAUACACAGCCCUGUAUUAUAUAUCUAUAUUAUACACAGCCCUGUAUUAUAUAUCUAUAACAUAACUAUUAUACACAGCCCUGUAUUAUAUAUCUAUAAUAUAACUAUUAUACACAGCCCUGUAUUAUAUAUCUAUAAUAUAACUAUUAUACACAGCCCUGUAUUAUAUAUCUAUAAUAUUAUUAUACACAGCCCUGUAUUAUAUAUCUAUAAUAUUAUACACAGCCCUGUAUUAUAUAUCUAUAAUAUAACUAUUAUACACAGCCCUGUAUUAUAUAUCUAUAAUAUUAUUAGUAUACACAGCCCUGUAUUAUAUAUCUAUAAUAUAACUAUUAUACACAGCCCUGUAUUAUAUAUCUAUAAUAUUAUUAGUAUACACAGCCCUGUAUUAUAUAUCUAUAUUAUUAGUAGUAUACACAGCCCUGUAUUAUAUAUCUAUAUUAUUAUUGUUAUUAUUAUACACAGCCCUGUAUACUUUAUAUAUAAAAAUAUUGUUAUACACAGCCCAUAUACAAUACAGGGCUGGGUAUAAUAAUAAUAUGAUAGAUAUAUAAUACAGGGUUUUGUAUAAUAUUAUAUCAACUAUACACAGCUCUGUAUUAUAUUAUAACAUACAGCACUGUAUUAUAUUAACCCCUUAAGGACCAAACUUCUGGAAUAAAAGAGAAUCAUGACAUGUCACACAUGUCAUGUGUCCUUAAGGGGUUAAACAUACCCAAUAUACACAACCCUGUAUUAAAUAUCAAAAUUAUUAUUAUAAUACACAGCCCGGUAUUAUACCACUUAUAAUAUUAUUAUAAUUUUUGCAUAUUUGUAUAUUUUUUUUAGAACUCCCUAUAUCUUAAUGCACUUUGUUUACCAUAGGUAUUGUCUUUGCAACUAUGUCGUUAGUCACAAACUUCUUUGGUAACUUAAGGAAGGUGGCUAUCACUCUGGAGAAGGAGACUGAGAAACUGGAUCAAGUUUUCAUCAACAAAGAGGAAGGUGAAUAUCGCCAGUCGGGAAUUUUAAUCGUUAUAUACAGACUGAUCUUAGAGGAAGGCCCUUAGUCCAGGGGUGCUUAAAAGUACUUUGUAGAACUAAAACUACCAUGAUGUGUUACGGCAAGGGUGCAUAACUCAUUAUGGAAUAUUGUCCUUUUAAUGUAAUUUGUGUAGUGCAUAGAUAAUCUGCUUGCCUGGUAUAGAUGGAAUAUUGUCGAUGUCAAAAGGGGUUAAUUUGAUUGUAUGGAAGGUUUAUAGCCUUAAUUUAUUUUAUUAAAAAAAUAAAUAAAAAAAAUUUGUUGUUGUUGUGCAUGAGAGGGUGGCAUUUGUCAGUGUCCCUUUGUAGCAAGUUCACUGGGCCCCUGUCAGAGUCUUUUUUACCCGAUACCUUCUUUGCAAAAGUAGUGUACGUCCGGCGCUGGGGUUCUGCUUCUCGCCGCUGUGUGGAUAACCGUGGGGUUGUCCCUCCCGUCCCAGGCUGGCUUGGAAGCCUGCACCUUCUUGCCACUAACUCGGUUACCGCUAGGGUCCGGGUUUCCUCCACGUGUGGGAGUAACGGGGGAGCUGGUCUUUUCCUGUCGCUUGCGUGUCUUGUUCCUCCGCCAGUGUGGCUUGUGCUUUGGGGCUCUCUGCCCUUUGGUCUGCAGCCCGGGUGGGCUAGAUUGCGUGUGGAUAAGUAGUUGAGGCGGCAUUGUGCCCAAGGGCAUUCCCCGCGGGUCCGCUUACCCAGCGUCGGUGGUGUAGGUGUCAUGGUUCGGGCUGCUUGUUGCCGCUUCAUGUGUGUGUCCCAGAAGCGGUUCAGUAUCGCCUCUAGGCUCCGUAUCGCCUCUGGGCAUUUGUGCACAAACACUUUCGUUGGCGUUUGUGCUGAGUGCAUGCUCGCCAUGUGAGUCGCUUUGCCGGUUGCCAUUUUAGGUGCUCUCAGUAAGGGUCUGCAGCCUUCCAGUUCAGGGUCAGGCUUGAGCUGCUUGCUAUUUGAGUCGAGUGCGGACCGGGAUGACCCCCACCGGUCCAGAGGCUGUACUCUGCUUUACCAUCCAGGAGAUCGGCAGCCUCUCCCUGGCUCGGUCGCAUGCAGGCUCCAUGUGCUUUUGGUCAGGUUCCCGGGCAGUGUAAAUCUCGUUUGUAGGUUCAUUCGAUGCCCCUUGGGUCCCUUGACUCGUUGUGUGCCCUCCGGCUCAGAAACGUGUCUGUUUUCGGGGUAUAUAGCCCCAAUUUUGUCGCUUUGUGCAGGAGCUGAUUCAGAGCCUGCUCGGCAGAUAGGCUCCGCUCCUGCCUUAAUUCAUUUUUAAACUGGGACCCCCACAGAGAUCAUAGGAAUGUGAAAGCUGCAAGGUGUGAGAUUCUACACCUGAAAAGCCUGAUGGUCUGGCUUCAGGCAUAUUGCACGUACCUCUUAAUUGAUGAGUCAAUCUAUUUUGAAAUGUUAAUGGCCAUUAGCCUUGUUCCAGUACCAUAUCCAAAAGGGGAAAAAAACAUUAAUAUUUACCCACAGAAUAAUAAUUAAGCCUCAUUUUUGUUAUAUUUGGAAUGUGACCAGCGCCAUAUUCUAAACAAGCCCAAAGAUGAUUGGCAUAACUUAACCAGAGGGGAAGGAAUUGUGAUAUCCGCCAUAUUGGGUCGCAAGUAAGGCGUGCACAAUAUGUAUAGAAUGGGAAAAUAAUAACAAAUUCGUAGAUGCAAUUAUUAUUUCUGCGGCAGGUACAUAAGAGAAGAGAGAACCAAAUGUUUACAUUUGGAUUGAUGUUGGUCUUGAACACAAUGGGGUGGUCACGCAUUAUCUCUCUAGAUAAGCCUUAACUCCACCUCUAGACCAGGCGUGGUAAUACACAGGGUAUAUAUCCAAUGAUACUGAAAUGUCUGUGUACUUGUUGGGGGACAAAAUCUAAUUUUGAGUAAGUCGCGAUCUUCCUUGCCAGAGCCCCCAUGGGCAGUACCAAGUCCCCAAGUGAGUAAGUGUUUAGGACUUCUGUUAUUUUAUCCCUUUUGUUUUUAUCUGUUGGUGUAAAUAAUUUGGUUUUCCAUCUAUUUUUUGUAUGCACUGUGACUUUUUUUUUUUGCUCGUAAUAAAUAUUCCUUUAUUAAAUUCUGCCUUUGGUUAAGACUCACGUUACCCGAAGAGACUAAUUAGUAUUUUGCAAUUUCUUGGCUAUUGUGCUAAGUUGUAUUUGGUGGGUUUUUGUUAUUGAUUUAGCUGGGGGACCAAGGCACCCCAUUUAUAAUUUGUCUUGGUGGUGGCAGCGUUAAAAUAGUAAUAGUUAUAUUAUUAUGUUUAAGUGUGGGUUGUGUUAAAGGGGGAUUUUGUCAUUAUUUCUGGUCUAGUGCAGACAAAUAGUGAACUUUAACCCUUUCACCACCACAACUACGUCACGCACACUCUUGAAGUAGGGAGCAUUUGUGACAUGAUGCUUUGCUGGCAUUCUGAAUGACAAAGCUUCAUGGGUGAUGUAGUUCAAAAACAUCUGAUGGUCUCUAUUUGAGCACAAAUAUACACUUCUUUUGAAUACUUCACUCAUCAAUAAGGAGUGCUAUAACAUUGUCUAGGAAUGAAAAAGUAAACGUAUACCUCCCUACAGGGAAUCCAAUAUCGGUCCUAAGAGACCUCCUGAACAACCUAAAACAACAUAAACAGGGAAAAGUAGUGUUAGGUGGAGAUUUAUAUUUACUGCCAGAUACGCACUUAGACUCCUGUUGCAUGCAUAUGAGACUCUGUGAAGCCACCUCUAAGAAAAGAGGCAUCAAAUUCCAGUUCCUGCUCCAUGACCACAGUUUUUAUGAUAUUUGGAUGGUUCUAGACCUUGGCGCUCGAGAAUAUUCCUACUACUUAUUUGUAUAUAGUUUAUUUUUACAUAUGGAUUACUUUCUUUCCUCUUGUAGUUUGGUCACUAAUGUAAGCUAUGGAACAAUCUCUUGGUUGGACCAUGGCCUUUUGGUAUUGACUUUCAGAUCUGGUCCUGAUAGACCAAAAUUUAAUAGAUGGCUAAUCAAUUAAUUUCUUCAAUUGGACAAUACAAGUAUUUUUCUAUCUGAUAUAUUGCAUGAAUAUUUUAACCAAAAUAAAGGUCAAGAUGGACACCCUUUGGCCAUAAUUAGAGUUCAAUUUAUAUCAUAUGCCUCCUCUGAUACCAAGGCAUAAAAUCACUCUUUAUGCUAAUGGUAAUAAAGCAGGAAAAUUGUUAAUGGGUAAGCUCAAAUGACAAAUUAAUAACUAAUCUAUCCCUUGCUUGAAUGAACAGGGCAGCAAGGUAUAUGACCCGAUAACACUGUCCAGACUUGCCCCCAUACAGGCCUUUCACAAACUGAUCCCAAACUUAGACGUCUCCCAAUGACCAAUAAGAGAUCUCCACAGUUGGAUACCUUACUGGAAAAUGGGAAUAUCUCAAGUACAUACAAAUAAGGCACUGUAUACAAACAAUGAACAUUCAGACACAAGAUAUGAAUUGUGACUUUAUUGACUUAGUAUUUUUAUGAAACCUGGGAUACAGAGCUAGCACUAAAUUUUCAUAUAGAAUGCAUAGUAUUCUGUUUAAUGCAAUAUUCCAGACAGGUUCUGAAAUUUUUGUUUAAUGGAAUAACACUGAGCAUUAAUUCCAUUAACCCUGAUUGUUAGAAUAAAUGAUUUGUGUUUUUAAUUGUUAUUGUAUUGAGUGGAAUAGUAUUUUUGUUUCCGAGCCAUUUUUUGUGUGCUUUUUCUCUAGACUACGAUGAUGAAUCUCCGAUGCGAGUCUUACAUAAUUUGCGCUCUGAGAUAAAGGAUUUGAAGGUAAAGCAGUAUAUAUGUAUCUGUAUGUUUACCAGUCACACUAGUGAUAUAACCGUUCUCAUUUACAAUUAUAAUCCUGAACAGCUGAGCCCAUAAUGGGGAAAUGGACCCACUACUGAAAUUCACUAAUUGCAUGUUUUUUUUUACACAGAAUGAGCUUCAGACCACUAUUGACAAAAAACAUCUUAUUGGUCAAGAACUCCAUGCCUUUAUAAGAGUUUGCAAAGUACUGCAGCAAAGAACCUCUACGGACAUUCAACAAAUAAAAGAUAGUUUCCAGAAUUACGGAUAUACACCUCUCAGCACUGACAAGUCAGGUAACUAUAUGAUAUCCGUUAAAAAAAACUAUAACUCACCUUUUGGACUUUCUUCUAGUUCACUUACGACUGGAAGCAUUGUAAUACUUAGAUAUAGACUGCAAAUGUCAGUGGUCAGCUGAUACUCUUAGCCAAUCAGUGACUACGCAUUGACAAUACUGGUUUGAAAAGAGACGUAUCUUUUUUUUUUUUUUUUUUUGUGAAUGCCCCUGUCCAGCAACUGGAAAUUUCAGAAGCCAGGUGCAGACUGGGGGGAGCUGAGAUCGCCGGUGAAGGCAUGUUUGGGGUUAAAACAUUUGAAAAUCGUACCCCAUGGAUACAAGGUUUCACGAUCGUAGGAGCACAUCCCUCACGAUCCACACACAACCAAAUAGCGACACCAUCCCUAAGAUGGCUUAUCUAUGCCUUGUGACCCACUAACGCUACUACUCGACUAGACCCCCACCACUAGUAAUCCACAAACAGGCUACACCACAAGACAUAUCAUAGUCCAGUUUUAUGUAGGCAUCAUUCUCUAGCACACACCACUUCACAAACCAAAGUGAUAUUUGCCAUGCCAACCGAAGUACCCUCUACUAUCCAAAGGACUGGCAACUGCACACAACCUUCUAACGACACAACUAAAAUAGGGCUCUAUACAGACUAGACUUACAAAAUUAUCACGACAAAGAGCAUACUCGCCACUAAUCCUGAAGGUCAAGGAACACCUGCGUCACAUAGUCACCACAUACAGGCCUCUAUAUAUCUCCAGGGCCACAAUUUCACAGACGCUGGUGCUGUUAACACAAACAGACACGUGGUCCACACUCUCCCAAGUUCAACCCACAUCCCUCGUUAUAACUUCUCAGCCCAUUUAACCCACAAAAGAUGCUAUAUGUAAAUCCAUGAUGCCUUGCAUUACCUAAAUUAUAUCAUUCUGUAACAUGUCAUUACUGUCGUAUGUCUUUGCCUUGCUCGCAUGAAAAAUAAAGAAUUAAAAAAAUUUUAAAUUCUUUAUUUUUCACUCGAUAGAUGUCAAGUGCACAGAAACCUUCGGGCCAACAUGAAUAUCGUAAGUGGUAACAUAAUUCAAUUUGCGUAGGCAAUGCAAGUCCAUCCUGCAUCCCUGCACAAUUUGUCUCCCACCGAGGGAUUUUUGUUUUUAUUCAGGCAUGUGGGCGGCAUAAGGGCCCCCAUCUUUUCUCAUUUUCACAUAACUAACCCUGCUAAUGGGCUUCCCAGUUCCUCCGACAGCUUGAUCAUGCCUGGUAUAAAAUACCUUUCCCUCGAAACCAAGGGAAAAGAGAAAAAUAUAUAACAUGAAACAAAAUAAGAAGUGAAAAAGAAAGUGUAGGAAAAGGGAGUGAGAAAAGACAUAGAGUCGAGAAAAGAUGAGAGGAGAGAAGGGGGGGGAGAGGGCUUCCCUUCUUAUAGUAUUAUAGCCAUAGUUUCCAUGGGGGGGCCUCCCUUAGCUGUCCGAGUCCACUCUCUGAUCUGAACCCUGUCAGUCUCCACUCGAGCCUACUGGACUAUUGUCCCAUGGUUCCCAAAGUCGUUGGAAAGACACCGUCGUUCCCUUUACCCUAGCUGUCAAAUCAUCCAUAAUUCUACAUUCUCGUAUCCUAGAGAUCACCUCCGAGAACUCUGGACCCUCUGGUUUUAGCCACGCACUCGCUAUUGCUCUGCGUGCACUUAUGUAUUAGUUUCUGCUCUCUCCUAGUCCACCCAUCUACUGAUCUGUUUAGCAAGUAUAUCCAGGGGUCCAUCUUCAGGGGUCUGUCAAAUGUUUGUUUCAGCAGAUCCUCCACCGCCUUCCAAAAGCAGCGUAUCUUCGAGCAAUCCCACCACAUGUGGAUGUACGUUCCGCGGGCUCUACAGCCCCUCCAGCAGUCGUCCGUGUCCAGUUUGUGCAUUUUGUAUAGCUUUAUGGGUGUAGUAUACCACCUGAGCAUGGUCUUCCAUGUCUAUUCCUGGAGUGUGACACAUGGAAGCAUUUUUACUCGAUUCCUUCCAAGACCUCCCCUAGGUCCGCCUCCCAUUGCUCGGUGUAUGUCAAUUUCCCCCACUCUUUAUUUUCUGCACUAAGGUGGGCAUAUAGAAGUGUGAUCAUUCCCUUAGGUGCCACUUCAUCCAUGUAUAAUUUUUUGAAGAAAGUCAGCCUUACUCAAGGCUGCUGCUCUAAUAUGUGGUCUUCUAACAAAAUCUCGUAUCUGAAUAUAUCAAAAAAAAUCUGCUGGGGUUAAAUGGUUGUCUUGUUGUAUUUCCCCAAACUGGAUGAUCUCUCUGUUUAAAUAUAACUGAUGAAUCCGCUGUAGUCCAGUUCUUUCUAUGUUUCGAAAGUCCCUUGGAGCCAUUCCGGGUUGGAACUCCCUGUUUCUAAGUAGUGGAGUAAGAGGGGAGGGGGUCGACAUCAACCCGUACUUGGCAUUAUUCAUAUCCCACAUAUGGAGCGAGUGGAGUAUGGCUGGACAAGUCACUCUUAUCAUAGGUCUAUGUUCCUUAGGAACCCACAUCGUGAAUUGGGGGACAUCCGAGCCCACCAGCAUGAACUCAAUCUCCACCCAUCUCCUUUCUUCCGGCGGUGAGUGCCACAUGGCAUAGUAAAAAUAUAGGCUAGGUAGGCCCAGCCCCCCUCUAUCCUUGCAUCUAUACAGGAUUUGUCUGGAGAUCCUGUGCCUCUUAUUCUGCCAAAUGAAAUCCCCUAUCGAUUUUUGUAAUGGUGACAGUUGCGUUUUUGCGACUCGGACGGGCAGUGCUUGGAAUAGGAAUAAGAGGCGGGGAAGGAUGUUCAUUUUAACAGAGUUGAUCCGUCCUAUCCAAGAGAUGGGUUUGUCCGUCCAUUUUUCCAGGUCUCUUGUUAACGCCCUUAUCAUGGGAGUAUAAUUGGCAGAAUAUAGACGUUCCGGUUCUGCCGUUAAGUGAAUACCUAAGUAUGUCAAGGAGUCUUUUUCCAUCCGGAUAUUGUAAGUCUCCUGUAUUCUAACUGUUUCUGCCUCCGUUAGGCCUACUGCCAUAGCACUGGAUUUGUGGAUAUUCGCUUUAUAUCCGGACACCUCCCUGUAUUCUGUUAUUACCUCCUGCAGUGCCGACAUCGAAGCUGUUGGGUCUGUAAUGGUCAGGAGGACGUCGUCCGCAUAUGCCGAGACAGUAAAUUCUUUAUCUCCCACUCUGACUCCUCUGAUGUUCGGGUGUUUGUGUAUCGUUUGUAAUAAGGGUUCCAGCCCCAACACGAAGAGAAGAGGGGAGAGUGGGCAUUCCUGUCUGGUCCCGUUGUAUAUCCUAAAUGGUCUCAGCGGGGCUCCUGUUAUCUGUACCUGUGCCCUCACCUUAUGAUACAUCGCCCUUAUGACAGUUAUGUAUUCCUCUGUGAAGUCCAGAUGCUUCAACACUGAGAACAGAAAUUGCCACCUAACCCUGUCGAAGGCCUUUUCUGCGUUGAUGGACACAAUCAGGGUGGGUGUCCCGGUGGCCUUUUGCUUCCAAAUCAGGUCGACAUUCCUCCUGGUAUUCUCAAAUAAUUGCCUACCUUGGAUAAAACCUACCUGGUCUGCGUGUAUAAUUGAGUUCAGUAACGGGUUUAAUCUAUCCGCUUGUAUUCUCGCUAGGAUCUUCAACUCUUGGUUAGUUAGCAAGAUGGGCCUGUAAUUCGCGGGCUGAAGUGGGUCCUUUCCCGUCUUAGGCAGUAGCACGAUCGUGGCAAGGGACAUAUCAGGGUCUAGACUCCCUCCCCGCCUCAGGUUGUCAAGAAAGCCUCCCCACGCGAGGUGUAAGCGCUUCCCUAAAGGUCUUGUAGUACGUGCCAUCAAAUCCGUCCGGUGCUUUGUUACCUUUCAGGCCCGAUAUGGCUCUAUCCACUUCUUCUUCGGUGAUUUCUGCUGCUAGACCAUUCACUACCUCCCUAUUUAAUUUUGUCAUUCCUAAGGCAUCUAGAUAUUAUAGUAUAUGUUCCUCUUCUUGCUCUUUGUGAUUAUUCCCCUCCGGUGUGUGAUGGUAUAGACGUUUAUAAUACUCCUCAAAGACCUCUGCUAUGUCUGUAGGCUUUGAUUUUGUCGUGCCAUCUGGGUGUCUUAUGGCCGUGAUAUGAGACCGAUCCUGUCUGGGUCGAAGGGUCCUGGCCAGGAGAGUGUCCAUUUUGUUUGCUUUUUCGAAAAAUGCACGUUUUGACCAUACCAUGGACCUGGGUGUUUCUUCUCACUGCCUCUAACUGCAUGUAGAUCUCCCCAUUCAGGGUCGUCUGGUGUUUCUGUUCAAGGGUUCUCAGUUGUCCCAAUAGGGUCUCCAGCUUUUGAUGUUUAAUUUUCUUCCUUCUGGUGAUCAGUGUCCCUCGCACCACCACCUUAUGUGCUGCCCACACCGUACUCGCGCUUACCUCCGGGGUGUCGUUCAUGUUGAAGUAUUCUAUUAUCUCUUUCCGGAUCUGUUCUACCGCCUCCGGGUCCCGCAACAAGGACGUAUUCAAUCUCCAUGUCCAUGGGGAUGCUACGCAUAGGUUGCCCAGUGUGAUGGAGACAUCUGCGUGGUCCGACCACGAUAUGUUACCUACCUGUUACCCCACAAUGCAGGACACGCCCGUAGCGUUUGCCAAGAAAAGGUCUAUCCUUGAGUAUGUUCCAUGAGGAGCCGAAAAAUAAGUAUAGUCCUGGUCUCCCGGAUGGUGAGCCCUCCAUACAUCUAUCAUCCCUGUUUCGACAAUAAAUUCUCUGAGCAGCCGGUCCUGUCUGCCUCUCCCCUGGGACCUUGGGACUCCGUCUUUUGAGCUCCUGUCCGCAGCUGGGCACGAGGCCGCAUUAAAAUCACUCCCCAUUAAAGCCAUGCCAUGUGGCAGCGCUGAGAUUUUAUCCCUCAGCGUGUGCCAGAAACUGGAGUCCGGCUGGUUCGGCGCGUAAAUAGAUGAAUGGUGUGUGAAUGUAAGGUGCCUGACACAAUAACGUAAUGGCUCUCUGGGUCGGCCUCUUGGGAUGUCAACUGGAAGGGACAGCUGUUACUGAUAAGAAUGGCCACCCCGUUACGUUUUCGGUGGGACCUAGCUUCAUAUGAUUCCGUAUAGGUGCGAUCUCGUAAUCUGAACUUGGUCUGUUUAGGUAUAUGAGUCUCUUGAAUUUACGCAAUAUCUGAUCCCAUUCUCUUCAGUUCCCUGAACAUGAGACGGCGCUACUUAGGGCCGUUAAGGCCCUUAACGUUCAAUGUAGUGAUCUUGAUCUCCAUUGUGUGUUAUUUUCGUCUCUACCGUAUGACUUCGUCACCCUUGCUUUUCGAUCUCGCUGUUAGCUAUAGUCUUCCAUGACAUUUGGUCUUGCCAUCCAAACUGUAACCCUCUCGUACCUUGCUGUCGGGCCCGGGUCAUCCCCCCAACCCCCCCCCCGAGAAAGGGGGGGGGGGGGCGGGGAUGGUAAGUACUUGUUCCCAUUCCUGCUCCCAAGUGUACAAUAUUAUGUGGAAGGAUAAAAUGAGGGCUUCAGAGUAUCGGCUGGGGGUUUCCCUUCCCGCGCUAACAGUGUGUCUUUCCCCCCAACAGUGGCCAUGCCACUUACUUAUUAGGGAAAAAACAAUCCCCCCCUUUUGACUUACUAUCUUAUUCUGUGUCCAAUAUGUUGCACACAAGUCCGUGAACUAAGAUACCCUUCUUUCGGUUGCAAUUACAUAGAGCAGGAGACCAAUUGCAAAAUUACAAACUAAUAAACAUAAACCUGUAGGAGUAAAUAUUGCAGCGGUUACAUCCUAGUUAAGAUCACAUUUUACAUCGGAUCAUCACUCCUGACCUGAUGUUUUUGUCUCUUUUUUUUUUUUUAAUUGUAAAUCUUUUUUAUUUAUUUUUUCGGUCUUGUUUUCUCCCUUUUUUUUAAACAAUUUUUCUGUAGAAGGAGAAAAAGAAACCAAGAAACUAGUAACAAGGAAGAAUAACCAUAUUAUAUUAUGACCUCGGUUUCCUUUGUGUUCCUGAGAACUGAGGGUACCACUACUUCAAUUGUCUUAGCGAAAGAUUGUGUCCCCCAAAGUCUAAUUAUAUCGCCAGUGCCGUGAUGUUGGGGGAAGACAUUUCCACGUGACGCAAAACCCAUAGUUAAUCAGCCUCCAUGCCCAGUCAUGAAAUCAUAUCGAUCCCAGCAUGUAAAAAUAACAAAUUUAAAAAAAAAAAACAUUUUUGAAAAUCGGUUUAGGUCCUUAAGGUAAGAGUUAGCCUGGGUGCCUCCUGGCACCAUAAUAACUUCAUUUAGAUGAUGUUGUUAUGUUGCCUACACUGUCACUUUAGAGCUCCACCCUUUCUCAAGAUUGCUAAAGGAAAAAUACAUAAGAUAACGUAGUACCUACUUGUCUUAUAUUUUAAAGAGAAAUAGAUCAUAGAGGAAGAGAAGAAGAACCACCACCAAUAGGAAAAAUGUAAGUUUGGGGUGACAGAGCCACUUUAACUAUUGGCCCAGACAAAUCUAUUCACCUUGUCAACGCUCCUGUUCACAUGGUAAGUUGAUCACUGGCAGUGACGUCUUGCAGCAAUAAUGCUGAAGGUGCACGGAGAAGAUGGCAUCUUCUGCAGGUUUCCUUCAACUAAACUGUCUUGGGAGUUUUCACUUGUGUGUUUUUGCUUGAGGGAGGAACAUUUAAGGAGCAAAUCUAGUUAAGAUAUUUCAAUUCAAAUAUAUAUGCAUAAAGUUGUUGUGUGUUUUUUGUUUUGUUUGUUUUUUUUUAAAGAUGCUGAGGUGUCAAAUGAAAAUGUGAAGUCUGAGAAUGAGGAACAAAUCUCACAUGACUCGGAGGCUGAUGAACUUCCAUCUAUGCCAACUGUUGAAAAGCCAUCAAACUCCUGGGAUUUACUGCGUGGCCCCCAGCUCUCUGACUUUGGCCUGUCCCACUAUCAGCUUUCCUCUGCAUGGGAUCUGCAAAGUAGCACAUUGCAUGUAAAGAAGCCAGUGGAAGAGAACGGUAAGCCCAUAUUUAAGGAUAUCCGCACAGUAAAUAUGGCAAAGACACCAAAAUGUGCCCUGAGGAUGGAAGAUGACUUCACACAGGUCGCGCACUUUGGCAUUAGCGAAUCAAACACCAAUUUCAACGAUGACUACACAAUUGCACUGAUCAACAAAAAAGCACAGAAAAAGGCAAGGUAUGGAUUUAAGGAAACCUUUUCAAGAAAAAAGCAAAUGUUUUCAUAUUGAGCAAUAUAAGCUUAGAAUAAAGUGUGGACUGAAUUUAUAUUUUCAGAUUUGUCAUGUCUAGAAAAUUGUUACAAUGUUGGUUUGACAGAAAAGCUCCCAAUUCCAUCAAUGCUUACUCAUUCUCCAUGUUAAUCCAGAUAGGAUUAACACUAUAGCAUAUAUAUCCAAAACUGUAUUUCUAACGCUAUAGUGUCCCUCUGCCCUAAGGUUAUUGUCCGGUCCUCCGAUGUUGGCAGUGGGGGAAAACCUCAGCACAUGCGCUGUGCACGCAUUAGGCCUUCCCAUUAGGAAAGCGUUGAAUCAGUGCUUUACUAUAGGGGAUGAUGACGCUGGACGUCCUCAUGCUAAAACAUGAGAACGCCAAGUGUUGUUUCAUCGAGUCAAACUCUGUGAAACUGCAGAAAGCGGCGCCUCUAGUGGCUGUCUGGUAUGCAGCAACUAGAGACAGUUUUAUCCCUGCAUUGUUUUACUUUGCAGGAUAAGGGGACGGGGACACUGCGCCCAGACCACUUCAACGAGAAAGUGUUUUGGGUGCCUAUAGUGUCCGUUUAACCAAACUGUGAAAAAGUUGUUGCAAAAAUGGCAAUAAAGUAAAAAAAAAUGUAGGUCAAAAUAGCUGCAUUGGAAGAUGUCUUUGCUGUUUUGAGGAUUCCCCACUUUCCUUCUUUCCUUCUAAAUUCUGCAACAGUGUCAUUAGUUACCAUAAAUUAAUAUUUUAGUUAGUUAAUAAGCCAUUAAUUCUAUAAGGUCUGUAUCCAGUAUACCAGCUGAACUAAAACAUGAUAUAUAUUCUUUGGGAUAGGGAUCGACCGAUUAUCGGUUUUACCGAUAUUAUCGGCCGAUAUUCGGUAUUUUCGGCAAUAUCGGUAUCGGCCAAUUCAGAUACCGAUAUUGCCGAUAAUACCUCCUAGGACCGCAAGGCUCAUUACAAGCCCGGCGGUCCUGGGGGGGCGGAGAGCAAGCGCUUACUCACCUCCCAGCAGCUCCUCCAGCUCCCCAGUGCAACUCUCGCGAGACCCGCGGCCGUCAGAGCGUUGCCAUGGAUCACCAUGGCAACGCUCCGCGCUGGCCGCAAAAGUUGCACUGGGGAGCUGGAGGAGCUGCUGGGAGGUGAGUAAGCGCUUGAUGCCUGCUCCCCCCCAGAGCUCAGCCAAUACCACUGGACCACCAGGGACUGCUAUAUCCCCCUCCCUGGCCAGGUAUGAAACAGGGAGGAGGGACAACAAAAAUAAAUAUUAAAUAUAUAUAUAUAAAAAAAGUAAUAAAAAAUGCCCCCCCUCACACACACACUCCAUUAUAUACACAUACACUACACAAACACACUGUGUAUAUAAUGCAGUGUGUGUUUGUAUAGUGUGUGUUUGUAUACAAUGCACACAAAUACACUGCAUUAUAUACACACACUAUACAAACACACACAAACUGCAUACACACACACAAACUGCAUUAUAUACACACACACAAACUGCAUUAUAUACACACACUAUACAAACACACUGUGUAUAUAAUGCAGUGUGUGUAUAUAAUGCAGUGUAUUUGUGUAGUGUGUGUAUAUAAUUCAGUGUGUGUUUGUGCAGUGUGUGUUUGUGCAGUGUUUAUAUAAUGCAGUGUGUGUGUUUGUGUAGUGUUUAUAUAAUGCAGUGUUUGUGUGUAGUGUGUGUAUAUAAUGCAGUGUGUUUGCAUAGUGUGUGUAUAAUGCAGUGUAUUUGCGUAGUGUGUUUAUAUAAUGCACACUACACAAACACACUGCAUUAUAUACACACACUACAUUCACUAUACACACACUCUGCAUUCAUUAUAUACACACACUUUGCAUUUAGUAUAUACAGCAUUCACUUUACGCACACUACCCACACACUACACAAACACUCUGCUUUCAUUAUAUACACACUACACUAAUACACACUGCAUCCACUACACACACUAAACAAAUACAAACUGCAUCCACUACACACACUAAACAAAUACACACUGCAUCCACUACACACACUAAACAAAUACACACUGCAUCCACUACACAAACACACAUUGCAUCCUCCACACACACUACACAAACACACACUGCAUCCACAACCCACACACUACACAAACACACACUGCAUCCACUACACACACACACACACACUACACAAAGACACACACUGCAUCCACUACACACACACACUACACAAAGACACACACUGCAUCCACUACACACACUACACAAAGACACACACUGCAUCCACUACACACACACACACACACAGCUCCCCUGUCACACUGCAUCCACUACACGUGGCAUGUAUAUUUUGUGCAUUUACCUUUAGAAAUAGUUUUUAUUUUCCAAAAUGGUAAAUGUACAGAAUAUCGGCAAAUUAUAUCGGCUAUCGGCCUGAAAGUUCACAGAAUAUCGGUAUCGGUAUCGGCUCUAAAAAAUCAAUAUCGGUCGAUCCCUACUUUGGGAAUAACCAUUUUCCAAAUCGGUUCCUUCCACUACACCUCUGAGUCUUUGGAGGUGACCACUAUAUCAGUUAAAGGUGGUGGUGGUGGGAAGGGGAGGGGGGUAAAAUGGAACUGACACCAACAAAAAGAUAACCUUUCCUCUUUAAAAUACAUGAGAUCACACAUUAUAAGAAAAGGUAGGAGACGCAAACAAGCAAGGAGUUGAUGUUUCUUCAAUAAUAUUUUUUUUCUUACAUUUUCAGUACUCCUAAAAAAGAUGGGACAGAAGGCGGUUACUCGAGAAAUCUGAAAACCUUUCUGGCUACACCUUCACACCCGCCAAACAGGACAGGUGAGUGCAAUAUAACUAUAUAGUGACACGAUUGGCGCUAAACACUCCAGCAUUGCAGGCAGUAACCAAGGAAAUUGUGCCACGUGCUCCGUUCAGUAAGCAUGUAUUCCACCCCAUCUACAACUUGUGUAUAUUUACUGUAAGGGAGGUUUGCAUCACUCAGGAAAAAGGUGGAGUCCUAUGUGAUGCUCCUAAAGACUGGCUAGUAACAAGAAGAUAAGUCUAACUGAUACAGAAAUAUACAGCCAGGUAGGGAUUGAAAACAUUUCUUGGUUAUUACUGAACUUCAUGCAUAAAUGAAAAUUUGCUACUGCAAAGUAUGGAUUACAUUGCAUAGUCUUUAAAGCAGAUUUGUCACUUUCAGUUUUUCAAUAUUUUGCAAAGACUUCUGAAGCAGCCAUCUCAGGUGAGGGUUUCACCUGUAUGUUUCUGUAAAAUAUCACAAUAUUGGGCAAUAUUUUGCAUGUGAAUUGUCAGUAUGUAAUGGGAUCAGUUAUCCAACAUUUCCCAUAACUUUAAUAAACCGUGAAGCCAUCUUUGUAUGAUCUAUUGUAGAAUUUGACAUUGCGGACUCUCCAAUGCCACCAGUGUUCGUCACGCCAGGUUUAAAGGUCCACAGAAAAAAUAUGGAAAAUGUGUCCACGUAUGAAACAAAACCCCUCCAAAGUGAAGAUGCAGACGAGUGAGUUUCUCAUGAAGCAGUGUAUUCUUUAUGAUAUAAAGCAAACCAAGAACAUUUAAAAUUGCUUGUGGAUUGGUUUUGGGAGUUAUCUGUCUGCUGUGCUACUCACUUCCUGGACUUCAUGCUCAGUGAUAAUUCUUGCAGACUAUUGAAAGAUUCCAUCUGAUAUAGUUCUUUGGGUGGUCCUAAUUAUUUGUUGAACAUAAAAGUGCUUUGAGAUCUCUAACUCAAGCUGAUUAAAACACUAUUUUAUAGUACUGUAUCUUAGUUGGCGUUUUCAAACACAAAACAUAGCCAUGGAGUAUGUAGCAAUUUUUUAGCAUAAUGCAUUAUACAUUAAUGCAUACAUUAGGAAUACUUUUUGCAAAACACAAUGUUCCAUGUAGCAGUGACUGUACUUUGUGUGUUUUAUUAUUAAUGAAUGUGUUUUCAUUUAUGAAAAUAAAGCAAUGUAAACGAAUAUUUUACAUAAUGUCCUUCUACCUAAAGGUUUCAUAAUUAAUCUACAAUGUGAGUUUUUAAAAAGUCACAAACCACCCAAAUACCUGUACGACUUACAGGUUUAUUUACUUAAAAGGAUACUAUAUUGAAAGGAAUACAAAACGGUAUUAAAGCUCCAUGAGAAGUAUAUAGUUGGGAAUUGCUGAUGUCCCUGCACCCCCUUUGAACUAUGUUUGGCUGUCUGACAGUCAGGACGUGAGAUAAAGCUGUUUUAUAAAAAUGUUGAUUUCCAGUAAAAUCUCAUUUUUUAUUUUUUUUUAUAGAAAGUAAGCCAGCAGGGACAGGCAAUAUUGCCCUAAUGCAAGUGCUUUAAAUACUUGGACUGUUCUAUUAAACUGUGGAGGUUAAUUUCUAAACAGACUUCACAGGUUAUCGGGCAUGGUAAUCUGAUUCAGAAGUAGAUUGGUUAUCUGUUGUAGAAAUCAUGUGUAUCCUACUAAUCAUGGGAUUGAAUCCUGACAUUUAUGGGGUGUAGUUAUAUAUGAAAUCCUUCUUAUGUGCACAGAUUUAUUAUUAAAAUGUGUUACAGAAAUAUCCUAGAGUAUAUAGAAACUGAAAUACUGUCAAUAGUAAAUGGAUAUUCUUUUUAUAAUGGUUUUCUUUCUUUCUUUAUUUUUUUAUUAUUAUUAUUUUUUUUUUAAUCUUGUUUUUUCCAGAGACACUGAAAUUGUCUCCCUGACGAAAAACUUGAAACAUGGCCUAGCUACUCCGGCACAUUUUACUCUCAAAAGCAGUAAGUUGCAAUGAAAUAUAUAGACUGUAGCAUUAGUUCAAUUCUUUCUAUUUUAAUAUGCACUCCCGAUAAAAAAAAUAUGUCAAAUUCACUUUGAAGUGGCUCUGUCACUUCUCAUUAUUUCAUAAAGAUCUAAUCUUUCUAAAAUACUGAUUCUGACUGUGUUGUAAAUUCAAUUAAAUCCAAAGAUACCAUAAUAUAAAUUAGGUACUACUCAUGGACAAGCCUGAGUUUGACAAAAGUUGUCAGAAUUCGGAGCUCCACUGUCAACAUUUGUCCAAUCGCAGCAGCCCAGUAGAAAUCAAGGAGUGGUCAGCACAGGAGUCGUGUUAAAGAAAACUUUAAUCUGAUCAAAGGAUGAAACAAUGAUUCGGCUCAAAUUAGCUUUUUUGUUAAGUCUAAUACACACUGACAGGAUACCUCACUAUGCAAGGAUAAACCAGACAACACUUACAUGGUCAAGAUCAUUAAACAGACACUAGAUGUGUGAGAAGGAAUUUAUAUUAUCAAUAGGAAACUGGGGCUUAUAGCACUAUACUGGUAAAUGCCAGCAAAGUUUGUGUGUCUGUAUGAGCAUCUUUGGGAUCGUGAACUGCGGUGGAUGUGUGCUGUCCCUGUGUUUGUGCAAUGACAGCUGUGGGAACCAGGCAUAGUCUUGCGGGGUCCUCCCUAGACCUCAGUGUUGUACUUUCACACAUGCCCAAGAGUAUAAUGCUGAUGCAGCUCCUGGAAUAUUAAGCACCAGGAGCUUAAGAGGACCCCCAGAUGAAUAUGGCGGCGGCCACUAAAGAACAGUUUCGGGUAAGUAAACUAUACCUUUGACUGCGCCUCACCUGAGAUGUCUGCUUCAGAAGUCUUUGCAAAAUAUUGAAAGAACACCGAAAGUGACAAAUCUGCUUUAAAGACUAUGCAAUGUAAUCCAUACUUUGCAGUAGCAAAUAUUCAUUUAUGCAUGAAGUUCAGUAAUAAACAAGAAAUGUUUUCAAUCCCUACCUGACUGUAAAUAUCCCUAGUGCCCCAACCCGGUAAAUGUCUCCAGUGUCUUCUGGCACACUGUAAACCCCCCUGCCAGCCUAUAAAUUACACCAAGUGCCAAAGGCCAGUAAAUAGCCCCAAUUCUCGCACCACCAGCCGGUAAACAUGCCCCGUCCAAUAAUGACAUACCUUUCUUUCACACUGUUAAAGGCCUUUAGGCUGUUCCAGUGGCAGUAUUUUAGGUUUGGCCAUUCCUUUUGGAAUGUUACAUAAUAAGAGUGGAAGCAUACAAAGAUUAAACUUUUCUAGUAAUAUCAAGAGCCGAUCCGGACAUAAGCAGACAGUUGCAGUAAAAGUAAACCGAUUAAUUUUUAGAUUAUCAUAGGGGGUGUUUAUGAUGCUUCACAUGAGUCAAUGAGUAUCCUGAUCUGUUCUGUUGUAGAUGAUUUUGUUGUGGACUCUCCGCUGCCACCAGCUUUUUGCACGCCUGGAUUGAAUGUUCAAAAGAAAGAAAUCCCUUGUAUUGUUGUGGGAACAUCAAUUCCAAAAGAAACUGAAAAAAAAGCCACACCACCCAUACCAGCCUUUCAGUCAAACUGGCUAAAUAGGGACACGGUAAGCUGUUUGGUUUUAUUUGGUGUUUUUUUUUUUUUUGUGGGGGCGGGGGGAUCUACAUUUAUACUUGAGAUUUUCAGAACUAGCUCAAUGUGCUCAGUAGCUUGAUUGUUGCCUCAAGUCAGCCCCUAGUCAAGUUACACAUUACACGUAAGACCUAUUUUGGCUGAAAAUUUUCUGACUAAACCUUGGAGAUCCUUCAGAAAGGAAGGCCAAUGGAUUUUAAUGGUUCCCACCCUAUCAUAGUAUUUCAGACUGGAAGUAACCCUGAUCUUUUAUUGUAUUAUAUAGAUCUGUGGUUCCCAACCUACUACUUUUUUUUAAAUUCAUAUAUUUAUUUUUUGGGGAUCAAGGCCCAUCUUCUCUCAGCCAAUGAGCUUGUCCUGCAUGAUGAUCACAUGGCAGGUCCAUGCAUUGUUUUUAAGUGCCCAAAUAGUCCACUCCAAGAGUGCUGCAUAUUCUCGAGGGACAUUUAACAGCCAUGUUGUCAUCACUUCUGCCAAACACCACAUGACGAACGGGACUGAAUAGACAAAUAGUGUCAAGUGUUGCAUGGCCAGGGCCCAAGGUUUAGGAGAAGCUUGCCAACUGGCUGCCCAGUAUGGAACUUUGUGGUAUUAAUGUGGCUUGAUGUAGCUGAUGCAUUUUUAAAAAAGAAGUGCAAAAUAUUCCCCUAGCAGACAAUCUUGUUUUCAGUGCCGGUGUUCUAUCAUUCUGCUAUACCCCGUCAGAUUGCUAUACCCCCGUCACUUCCGGGGAGGGGAAUCAGCUGGAUCCUGUGCUGCACAUGCGUGCUAGCACUCCUGCUACUCCUCCACAGCAAGGUCCUGGAAGGUAAGUAAAACUAGUUUUACACUUUCAUUAUAGUUAGUGCAUUCACUAAGCUUAGGACAUGGGACAUUUAGGGUUAAUGUUAGGGUUCAAAUUAGUGUUAGGAUUAGGGACCUGUUCAUAUUUAGUGAUAUUUCACAUUAGAAGAAUAUCACUAAAUAGUGAUUUCUCACACUUUAUUCUUACCCUAACCCUUGGGGUAAGGGUUAAAAUAUCACUAAAUAUGAACAAGUCCCUAAUCCUAACACUAAUUUGAACCCUAACAUUAACCCUAAAUGUCCCAUGUCCUAAGCUUAGUGAAUGCACUAACUAUAAUGAAAGUGUAAAACUAGUUUUACUUACCUUCCAGGACCUUGCUGUGGAGGAGUAGCAGGAGUGCUAGCACGCAUGUGCAGCACAGGAGUCAGGUGAUUCCCCUCCCCGGAAGUGAUGGGGGAAUAGCAAUCUGACGGAGUAUGGCAGAAUGAUAGAACACCGUAAUUGAGAUUAUGCACGUGCUAUGACCAACUUGGAUGGAUUUGCACAACAAACACUUCAAACUUCCUCUUCUUCCAAAUAAAAGAAUAUAGCUGCAGUUACAAGCAGCUGUGUGCAGAGAUGCAUUGACCGUUGCUGUAACCUUUUGUAAGGUGCUUGUUAUGGUGCUUUGAGUGAGCUUUUCACUGGCCGCCUUCUGGAAAUGCAUUUAUCCAGGCUGUGGUUUAACAUUGCAUGGAGUGAUAGCGCCAAAUUGAGAUUAAAUGGUUAUAGUGCCUAGUGUCCCUUUACAUUGGAUCUGGGUUUUGUUACAUAUCAAAUGCAUUUUGUUCAACAGACAAGGCAACUGGACAUCACAGAACCCAUUCCAAGACCAGUGAUGACCCACAACCUGUAUUUACAGGACAAUACCUUGGUUCUAAACUCUGAUAAAUACUAUGAAAACUCAACCAAAAUGGCUUCACCUCCUCAAAUGAAGACAUACUCUUUAGAUACUCCCCAGAGACCUGAAAUCACCAUGUCUUUGACUGAAGAUCUUCUCAAGGUACCAGUGUAAAUGGAAAAUAAAGUCAAAUUGUAUGACCCCAAAAUCACAAAAGAGGUCCAAGUUAGCUGAGAUCGUUUAGAUUUACGACAGAGUUAAAGAAGUUAGAAAAAUGCUAAAACUGUUUUGUAAAGAAAGAAAUAUAUAGCUAUAUAAUUUUUUUUAUAUUCAUUGUUGUAUGUGUGUUAUAUCUAGCCUACUUUCGAAUUUAUUUGCUGAGUACAAUUCUAGGAAGCCAUGUGUAUAUCUUCAAACAGCUACAGCACAAAGUUGGUCAUUACUGGGGUAAAACUACUGCUUAUUUCUGUCUUCUGUCACAGUAUAACGUGAAGCCAUCGUCCCCUCCCAAGAUGUCGGAGUAUGAAAGUCUACUUUGGACUCCAACACGUCCUGAAAUGACAUCCUGCAUUACCGAGGACAUUUCACAGGUUAUUAAUUAUAUGUGAACAUGAGGCUGUAUUUGCAUGGAGUCUGUCUGGACGGACGCAGGGCUGUAUUUGUACGGAGGGUGUGUGGAAAAAGAUUUCUAUUACACACUUUGUUUAUGAACAGGAUAUUGCAUCAGGGCCAGAGGUAUUAGUGAACAGAAUACAUGUUUGCAUAUAUUUGUGUACAGAAUAAAUACUUUGCCUUUUUCUGAAAAUAUAUUCAUCCUGUCAAAAAUCCCCUCUCUUCAUAAACCACUUUAUACUCUACCCACUCAUGUCCAACCAAUCUCCAAAACUUCAAUCUGGCCACUUGUGACUAAGUCUGAGGUAUCCCAAUGGGGGAUUUUUAAAUUUUUAUAUUUUAAACUUCACUUCUAGGUAAAAAAACAUAAUUCCGUUCCCACCUCCAUGUAAUCUGUGAUGAGCAUGCAACGAUUUUUAAUAGCUUUUUCUCUCUCUCUCUUGUUUUAAGAUCUUGUCACGUUAUUGUGAUAACAAAAUGAACCAUCUAGAAACUGUGGGGGGAAAUAAAGACAGUUUUUCAUCCAGUAGAGGCAGUGUGUCGUAUACUAACAAAGAGAACAGGUGAGUCUGGAUAGUGUCUACAUAACGCUAAUGCUUGAUACCAUGUCCAUAAAAAUAUGAUGAAGAUAAGGGAGAAACAAGUCACCAGUAGUGAAUUUAUGGUGCCCUGUUAAACCUUACUAAGCUAGUAAUUACAAGGUUUUUACACAAAGUGAUCACAUCACUUGUAUCCAUGUCUUCUAGGUCCUCAGUGGAGUUGAGUAACCUGCAGUAACCUUGACCUAGCUCUCCCAGUCUGCUGCAUUAUUUUUAUUUUAUUUUUAAGUAGGAGACAAGUCCAUAUUUUUCCAUAGCAGAAUGUUUCCAGUGGGCAUGCCUUGGCCUAAAAUUGUCAAUUCUCCACAAGACCCCAUAGUCUGUUUGAGUAUAGCACAGCCAGCCCUAUAGCCUACUUUCCUGAUUUAUGCAUCUGGUUUUCCACUUCCCAGAGACACCAGAGGAUAUAUCCCAAAAGUGCAGCACGAUGCAACAUUGAGUGGUUUCAGGGCCAUGUUAUACCAUCUAUAUUUUUUUCAUUUGUGCCUAGUAUGCAGGAUGGCAAGUCCUGCCAGUGAUGCCCCUGAAUGUUAGGCUUGCCAGUCAUGAUGUAUCACCCUCAACGUACCCACUCUCUUCCCAAUUCCAGGGACAAAAGUAUUCUACCCCUUAACUCAUUGGGAAGUAUUGAAAUAUGUAUUUUUAUCAUAUUUUAAUUCUAAUUAUUUUAUUGCAUUAAUCACAAAGACCCCCAUGCAUCGUUCUAUGACUGUUGCACCUAAAUAAAACUUUUUUUUUUUUUUUUUUGCAGAUUUUAACAAAGAUCCUGGUAACCUGAAGUGGAAUUGCCUCAAGAACAUCUUAAAUUUGUAUCUCUAUUGAAGACCUGUUGAUGGGAUUACCAUUUUAAUAUUCUUGACACAAGAAUGAGGGUUCCAGUAUAAAUAAUCUUUUACAUUAAUGUGUAUUUCUAAAUAAUAAAGAUAGCAUUCUAUGUAAACAGAACUGGCACCUUGUAACCAGAGACAGUGAGCAUGUGUCAUGGGUACCAAGAUGAUUUUAUGGUAAAGAUGGUUUCAUUUAAGUAAGAUUCAAUGGGUUAUUUUUUUUGAUAAGUUGUAAAUAUGUUAAUAAAAAUAGCUAAACAUUUCCC